UAAAUCCUUUCAAAGGAAUGUGCUAAAGUCUCAAUUACUACAAUAAACCAGCAGUAUACCAUCAUCUUUAUCAAUAUCUUGAAAGUUUGUGUGUCUCUUUUGAUCAUACGUGCCUUUAUACCCUUUAUCCACAUCACCUUCAUUUCCACCCCACGUUAUCCGACGUGUCAAUUACCUGAGAUGACAUGGACACUUUGUACACUCCCUUCUACGAAACAGAUUCCACGUGGUAAUCUCUCCCAAUUCCCUUUCAUACAACACAGCUUCCCUAUUCUUCAUCAUCUUCCAUAUUUAAUCUCUCAUCUUCUUCUAAUUUCUCUGCAAAAAGAGAGAGGGAAAGUCUUCUUCUUUUUCAUUAUUCUCUCCAAUGGCUACCGAAGGCCAAACUUUUCCACCCCAAAAGCAACAAACCCAACCAGGGAAAGAACAUGUCAUGGACCCUUCUCCUCAAUUUACAAGCUCCCAAUACAAGCCCUCCAACAAACUUCUCGGCAAGGUGGCGCUCGUGACUGGUGGUGACUCGGGGAUCGGUCGAGCCGUGUGCCAUUGCUUUGCGCUCGAGGGCGCUACCGUUGCGUUCACCUAUGUUAAGAAGCAAGAGGAUAAGGAUGCUAAAGAUAUGCUUGAGAUUCUUCGGGAGUGUCAGGCGCCUGACGCCAAGCAACCGAUUGCAGUCGGUGCGGAUUUGGGGUUUGACGAAGACUGCAAGCGCGUGGUCGAUGAGGUCGUGAAGGCUUAUGGCCGGAUUGAUAUUUUGGUUAACGCUGCGGCGGAGCAACAUAAGACCAACUCUGUGGAAGAGAUUGAUGAGCAGAGGAUUGAGAGAGUUUUCAGAACUAAUAUAUUUUCUCAGUUCUUCAUGGUCAGGCAUGCGUUGAAGCACAUGAAAGAAGGAAGCUCAAUCAUCAACACAACGUCGGUGGUUGCCUACAAGGGUUGCCCUCAGUUGCUAGAUUACUCGGCUACAAAAGGCGCCAUUGUUGCCUUCACUAGAGGUCUUGCCCUUCAGUUGGCAACUAGAGGGAUAAGAGUGAAUGGAGUUGCACCAGGUCCGAUAUGGACACCGUUGAUCCCCGCUUCAUUUGACAAUGAAGAGAUCGAAAGCUUUGGGUCUGAAGUUCCAAUGAAGCGAGCAGGGCAGCCAAUCGAGGUCGCCCCAUCGUACGUGUUCCUAGCCUGCAACCACUGUUCUUCCUACUUCACUGGCCAAAUCCUCCACCCUAAUGGUGGGACUAUUGUGAAUGGGUAGAUAGUGUGAAUUGAGUACUGUGGAAUCAUUCCAAAAGAUGUGUUGAUGAUACCCUUCUUGAACAACAAGGUUAUUGCUUGUGUGCUUUUGUUCAUAAUAUGUAUUUUAGAUAUCUUUUUUUUUUUCUUCUUCUAAUUUUGUAUAUUUAAAAUCCAAGUGUUUUCAUAUGUGCAUUUUGAAUAAACUUGAG